AUUUGCAAAGAGUUAAUCCGCAUUUGUACCGAACAUUUCCAUCAGUCGAGCGACAUGACAAAGACAGCAAUUUAUACGGAUAAGGCGCCCAAGCCGCGCCCAAUCUACAACCAGGCUAUUGUUGCCAAUGGCUUUGUGUUUUGCUCUGGCCAACUACCCAAGGACAUCAACGGUCGGCUUGUCGGAGGCACUGUCCAGAACCGGACGCGUCAAUGCAUCCGCAACCUCCAAGUCGUCCUAGAAGCCGCUGGCUCCUCGCUAGACGAUGUCGUCGAGGUUAAUGUAUUCCUAUCCCACAUGGAGGAUUUCGCCAAGAUGAACGAGGUCUAUGGAGAGUACUGGGGCAAGGUCAAACCAUCGAGAACAUGCGUGGCCGUUAAAACACUUCCCGAACAUACAGAUGUUGAAAUCAAAUGCAUAGGACUGGUUACGUCUAAGGCGAAAUUGUAAUGGCUCUGGAUCACGUGGUGAAAUGAUGUAAAGUAGCGAUACUAGAAGAGGGUCGUUGACUUUCUAGACUAUCUUCAUCUUGUCGACAUCUG